AUGAAACUCACGGUGAAAACCCUCAAAGGAAGCCAUUUCCAGAUUAGGGUUCAUCCCACCGACACUGUUAUGGCAGUUAAGAAAAAUAUUGAGGAUGUGCAAGGCAAAGACAAUUAUCCAUGUGGUCAGCAAUUGUUGAUCCAUAAUGGGAAAGUACUAAAGGAUGAAAGUACAUUGGCCGAAAACAAAGUCUCUGAAGAUGGGUUUCUAGUGGUCAUGCUAAGCAAAGGCAAAAAUUUGGGUUCUGCUAGUUCGACAUCGUCCCAGCCUGCACCUACUUCUGUGCCAACUUCUAAUCCUACAUCUGCACUUGAAGCUCCACCACCACCAGCAUUGGCCCCUAAGAGUGCUGCAUCUGCUUCGGAUGCUGCUAUUGCUGUUGACCCGUCUGAUACUUAUUCUGAGGCUGCUACCAACUUAGUUGCCAAUAAUAAUCUUGAGCAUACUAUUCAACAAAUAAUGGAUAUGGGUGGUGGUAGUUGGGACAAACAGACGGUUGAACGUGCACUUCGAGCUGCAUAUAACAAUCCUGAGCGAGCAGUGGAUUAUUUAUAUUCUGGAAUCCCUGAAAGUGCAGAAGUUGCAUUGCCUGUGGCUCAGGCUGCGGUGGAUUCUGUUGCUGCAACAGGUGCAGCCCCUGCUGUACCUGUUUCAGUGGGGCCAAAUUCAUCUCCAUUGAAUUUGUUUCCUCAGGAGGCCCCUUCUGGUGAUGGUGCUACUGGUCUUGGAUCCCUAGAUUUCCUCAGGAACAACCAACAGUUCCAGGCGCUGCGAUCAAUGGUUCAAGCAAAUCCACAAAUUUUACAGCCCAUGCUUCAGGAGCUUGGAAAGCAAAAUCCUCAACUUUUGAGACUAAUACAAGACCACCAUCAAGACUUCCUUCAGUUGAUUAAUGAACCUGUCGAUGGUUCUGAAGAGGAUAUGUUUGACGAGCCUGAGCAGGACCUGCCCCAUGCUGUUAGUGUCACACCAGCAGAGCAGGAAGCCAUCGAGCGAAUGGAAGCUAUGGGUUUUGAUAGGGCACUUGUUAUCGAGGCCUUUUUAGCUUGUGACCGCAAUGAAGAAUUGGCGGUGAACUACCUAUUGGAGAAUGCUGGAGAUUUGGAGGAUUGA